AACAUAUAAUUAAAUAAAUUAAAUAAAAGGCGAGCAGCAGAUCCCUUCCUCACCGGAGGUAGCGAUUUAUGUCGUGGCAACGCUAGGGUUUCCCGCCUCUUCUCCCUUUGAUCCAGUCGCAGAGUCACUUUUUUUCUAAUAUUUCGAUGUUCCUUGGGUCAGCUGAUGUGCAUGGUUUUGUUUUUCCAUUCUGAAGAUCAUAUCUGGUGUUAGCAUUUGGAGAUAUGGCAGAGUCCCUUGUAUCAAGCUUUUGGGGGCCUGUCACUUCCACAAUAGAGUUGUGUGAAGAAAAUUAUGCUCAUUCCUCUUAUAUUGCAGAGUUUUAUAAUACUGUUUCGAAUAUUCCAUGCAUUCUUUUGGCACUCAUUGGACUGAUAAAUGCCUUGAGACAGCGAUUUGAGAAAAGAUUUAGUAUUCUUCAUAUCUCUAACAUGAUACUUGCCAUUGGAAGUAUGGUGUUCCAUGCCACAUUACAACAUGUAGUUCAGCAAAGUGAUGAAACUCCGAUGUUCUGGGAGAUGCUUCUCUACCUCUAUGUCCUUUACUCACCUGACUGGCAUUACAGGAGCACAAUGCCUACUUUCUUGUUUAUUUAUGCUGCUGGUUUCGCGGUCGCCCAUUCACUAUUACGCGUGAACGCGCUUUUUAUGGUUCAAUACAUUCUUGUCUUUCUUCUUUGCAUUCCGAGGAUGUAUAAAUACUACAUACAUUCCAAAUUUGCUUCCGCAAAGAGAAUUGCUAAGCUUUGCGUCAUAUCCUUAUUCCUCGGCAGCCUAUGUUGGUUCGUCGAUCGAAUCUUCUGUAAGAAACUCUCCAGUUGGUACAUAAAUCCGCAGGCACAUGCCUUGUGGCAUUUGUUCAUGGGAUUAAAUUCAUAUUUUGCAAAUACAUUUCUAAUGUUUUGUCGCGCCGAACAGCUCGGAUGGAAUCCUCGGGUUCAUCAUCUCUUCGGAUUUUUCCCUUACGUGAAGAUCGAAAAACCCAAGAUCCAGUAGAUAAGUACUUUUGUUUUCUAAACUUAGUUAUUGUUCUUUGAAGUUUGAAGUGAAUUUUUUUUUUUAAAUUUUGUUAAUGAUAUCAUAUUUUGUAGAAGAAAUGUUUCAGGUGACUAAUUUUUUAGUUUCUGUAAGAAAAUAGCAUCUUGCAGUGUAUUAUAUUAUACUAUUUUCUAGUGAUAGAUUGGGUCAGCUGGAGUUGCAUUGCAUUUUCAUUUCUUAAGUGCUGGAGUUUGUAGUGUAAUAUCACUGAGAUAGGUGAUACAUUUAUUAGACAAUUCUCAGAAAUUUUGAAGUUCUUUUGUGUCAA